AUGGGUUCGACUGAUCCGCUUGUGACGCUGGACGCCGUCGUAGCUGACCCACAUCUCCAUGCGCUGUUCCUGCAGCAUCUCUCGACGUCAGACCCAAAAGGAUUUGCUCGUUUGCUUUUCCUUGUUAGUGUCGACGAGUUUAAAAAAGUAUUAACGACCGACAAACACAUUACGGAGCCCGAAGUGGACGCACAAGCACAUCGACGUCAAUACGCCAGUAAAAUUAUCACCAAGUUUAUGAGCCCCGAUGCAUUUCUUGAUAUUGCGUCUGAAAACUUGCACAUUCUAAACAAAUCUGUCUGGAACUUUGGUAAACUAUUGCGCAACGACUUGAUGCUCUAUUCUGGUUUAGCUGCUAAGAAAGACUUGUUUCAAGACGCUGAAGUAGCUGUUAAAAGAGCGCUUCAGCCUAGUUUCUGUCAAUUUGCGGCUACAGCUGAGUUCAAAGCGAUUGUGGCUAAUUCUAGGCUCACAUUUGCUGACGAUGACACUACAGGUGAAGAUCAGCAGAUAGACGAACGCUCCUUUCCUUCAGUACGUGACAGCUCGCCAGCAUCCAUUUCGAACGUCCGUGCACGGCGCUCAUCAUUUUUGACUUUAGAGCGAGUAUUAGGCAACAGAAGAUUGUGCAGUGUCUUUUGGGUCUUUUUAUUCAAGGAACGAACUCAUCAACAAUUAAGUCUCUGGAUGGAGUUUCGCUAUCAAUUAAUUCCACUUCUUGAGGAUUUUAUUCGAGCCGUCCAGGGCACUGAAGUUGAAGAAGAGGUACAGGAGAAGGAAAGACAGGCUGGUGAAUUGAUAGAGCAAUUACUUGCAAUUGGAAAUCGUAUUGCAGCUAAAUUUUUAACGGUGUCUGCAAGCACACGCGUCACUUUUGUCGGUGCGGCUGAGCAGGCACUUUUACGUGACUAUGAACUUUGUGUAGCCUGUUGUUUGGAUGCUGGAAGUUUCUCAUUAACGGACGCUGAAGUGCUUUACCGAACGGUACAGCGCAUUCAGAAUGAGAUUGAAGCUGAUUUAAAGGUCAAUCAUUUUGUACGUUUCAUGGGCAGUGAAUCCUUUAGAUCUUUGGUUGCAUCAUACCAGAGUCGAUUGCUUAGUCCAUCUGGCUCUUCGAUUGCAGAGAUGACGUCCGCAUGCGAUGGAUCGAGUACUGCUUCCGACAGCAGUAUGACGACGUUGCAAGAGCUAUUUCAGUGUAUGAAUGUGGCGUCGCAUCAACCUCAACGGGUACGGACUACAACAUUUACGCUGCGAGAUCUGUAUCAAGGUCAAUUACGUGGAGAACCGCAAAGCAAAUCACUGAUUAGCUCAGUCAUAAGUUUUCGACUGGAUAUGAAUGACCGCAGUCACUCCGAAAUGGUAAAAGAAGUAUUGCACACUUUGGCAGACCCAAACGAACAUAGCGAGACCAGUAGUGAUCUAUAUCAUCAUCACGCCAUUCCAGACCAUGUCGAAGCAUUCUUUUGUCCUUCUGGAGCAGAUGUUGUACGCUCAACUACGUGUCCAGAGCCGUUGCUUUUCUACAUGACUAUUGGCAAUGCCGACAAAGCCUUUUAUGGUGCCUGUCUUACGCGAUAUGUCCCAUUAAAUGACCCGAGCAAGUUAAAUCCAUUGGAGCAAGUGUUACAGGAGACAGAAGGACUCGAAGUUUUUGUUCCAGCUGGACUUUGUAUCAUCAGCCGGUAUCCAAUUCUUGACACAUUAAAACAGCGGCUAAAUGUGCUUCAUACAACUAUGCAAGAUGACGUGGUGUACCGCUCAGACGUCAAUUGGCUGCCCUCGGCUGCACAAAUGGCAAAUCUGCUUUCUCCAUUCGAUUUUGCGUGUGCUACACCGUUGCAAGACAGUGUGAAGGCUUUUUCGACGCUGGAUCACCAUGUUGACUUUAGUAUGGAGGAGCUUUUUUGCUGUUUGUCUGUCGAGCAUGUAGUUGAUUUGGUCACAUGUAUGCUAUUGGAACGUCAAAUUGUGCUUGUUAGCUCACGAUACUCUGUGCUCACAUCUGUUGGCGAGACGUUGAAGAGCUUGAUCACGCCUUUAGAAUGGAGUCAUGUGUUUGCUCCAAUUCUGCCCAAAAGCAUGCUCGAGUGUUUGCAGUGUCCGACGCCAUAUUUAUUUGGCAUACACUCUAGUUAUCAUACAGAGUUACGUGAAAUGCUUGCACGCGAAGGUUGUGCUGAGAGUAUUGUCAUAGUGGAUUUAGACGCAGAUACAGUUAACCUUCCAGGGCGACCUCAACUUCCUCGGUCCAUUUCUGGACCUUUGACGUCGCGACUGUUACAAUUACUCAAACCUAAAGUUUACUUUAGUGAUGAUGUCCCUGUGCCUAGCACCAAUGUUGAAGCUUGUGGAUUUCCGCAAGGUCUUGUGAGGCUGUGCUUUCGAGAGGCAAUUACAUCUCUUUUACGAGAGAUCGAAGGGUUUCGUUUUGUACUGUCCGAUGAUUUUGAUUAUGUGGUGGUUUUCGAUCGACUCGCAUUUCUUCGCCGUUUGCCUCCGCGUGAACAGUCUUUUUUUCGCAGUUUCUUCGAGACACAAGUCUUCUCACAGGAAAUUGCGUCAGUGACAAAUUGA